CCGAGAUGGGUGGCCUCCGGGGGGCCUAGAGAGCCCCCGGUCGCGCGCCCGUCCUUCCGGAUCGGCGUGUAGAUACCCAGCUUUUCGGUGUUCUGAGAGGAAGAGCGUGGGUAUCAGUGAGUUCUGCGUGCUAGGUUCGCCUGGUGCCGGGUUCUUCGCGGUCUCUGGCGGCUGGUCAACCUCCCCGUCCCCUGAACUUGGUCCUGAUGGCGGCCCGCCCCUCCCUCGCCCGGAACUUGGGUAUCUGGGCCUCGCCGAAGCCGCCCGAGGUGGCUAUGCGGCCUUCUAGAGCUGAGGUCCAGCCCCUGGCCACCGCGGCGUGAUCUUCUUUUCUGCCCUAAAGAACUGUCGCGACAGCCUCCUGCGGCGCCCGGAUCUUGCUUUUCUAAACCCAGAAGACAGUGUAUGAAGCCAGGGGACUUCAAUCAUGCUUCAAACAACUUGGCCUCAGGGCUUGAGCAGAAACCUGUUGUUUCAGGAGCCAGUGACCUUUGAGGACGUGGCUGUGUACUUCACCCAGAAUCAAUGGGCCAGUCUGGACUCUGCGCAGAGGGCCCUGUACAGGGAGGUGAUGCUGGAGAAUUAUGCAAAUGUGGCUUCCUUGGUAGCAUUUCCAUUUCUCAAACCUGUUCUGAUCUCCCAGCUGGAGAAAGGGGAAGCACCAUGGGGUCCAGAUCCCUGGGACACAGAGGUUCUGAGCAGCAUCAGUCCAGGUGACAUGUCCUGGAUCAUGAAGGAAGAGCCAGUUAUAAAGCAGGAAGCCUCUGAAGAAACAGAGUUGCACAGAACGCCAGUAAGAGGACUUCGCAGAAAUGGUUCUCAGCACUUUGAUUUUAAAAGCAAGGCAGUGAGGCAGACUUUCAGUCUAAAUCCAAAUCUGAUACUUCGAGGUGGAAUGAAGUUCUAUGAAUGUAAAGAAUGUGGGAAAAUCUUCAGAUAUAACUCAAAGCUUAUUCGGCACCAGAUGAGUCAUACUAGAGAAAAGCCCUUUAAAUGUAAGGAAUGCGGCAAAGCCUUCAAGUCCAGCUACGACUGUAUUGUACACGAGAAAAACCACAUCGGAGAAGGGCCUUACGAAUGUAAGGAGUGUGGCAAAGGCUUGAGCUCCAACACAGCGUUGACUCAGCAUCAGAGGAUCCACACUGGAGAGAAACCCUAUGAAUGUAAGGAGUGUGGAAAGGCUUUCCGUAGGAGUGCGGCAUACCUUCAGCAUCAGAGAUUACACACCGGGGAGAAACUCUAUAAAUGUAAGGAAUGUUGGAAGGCUUUUGGUUGUAGGUCACUUUUUAUUGUCCAUCAGAGAAUACAUACUGGAGAGAAACCCUACCAAUGUAAGGAGUGUGGCAAAGCCUUCACUCAGAAAAUAGCCUCCAUACAGCACCAGAGAGUCCACACUGGGGAGAAGCCUUAUGAAUGUAAGGUGUGUGGGAAAGCCUUCAAGUGGUAUGGAAGUUUUGUUCAACAUCAGAAAUUGCACCCCAUGGAGAAGAAGCCUGUCAAGGUUCUUGGGCCAUCUCUGGCCAGUCCGCAGUGCUCCUCUUCAGCCUUAUCUCCUGUUCUUCUCCAGGGGUCAUGCUCUGCUCCAGCCAUGGCUGUGCCUUCUCUCACCUUUCCACAUGCUGUGCUCAUUCCUACCUCUGGGCCUUUGUUCAUGCUGCUGCCUACAUCUGGAAUACCUUCUUCCCCUGCCCAAAUAGUACAUGUCUUCCAGAGUUAUACUCCCACUGUGAAGCCUGCCCCGAUUAUUCUGACCCCUUUUCACCCCUCAUGAGCUUUAUCUUGGCACUCCCAUGGCUCCUACCCAACAAAUCUUCAACCUAAUUUGAGUUUCAUUUGUAUUUUUCCCCCACCUUAAAUUCGUUGCAACUUUUUCAGCAUAGAUGUCAUUGUAAUCUAUAUAUGUUUAAAGAUUGUGUUUAUAUAAUAUAUUCUCUUCUUCUGGGUAGAAAAUGGAAAUACUUAACCUUUGAAUUGGUCCCUUUCAGGCUUGAGCAACAGGGGCUGUGUCUGCAUCGUAGGGUUGCUGGUAUUAGAAGUGCUGAGAAGACACUUUAAUGUGUUAGUGAAGUUUGGGAAGGAGGAUAUCCUUGGACUAGGACAUUGUGAUUAGAGAGAAGCAACCUGGGAGAAACAGCAAGACCUGUGGGAGCAGAGAAUUGGAAUAAGUUUCCAGCAGUGGACUUUAGAAAUUAGUGCAGAUUGUUUAGUGAGCCAAUGGUUAGGUGGUAUGUUAAAGUUGUAUUGCCCUUGGCAUGGGUCAUUGAGGAUCCCAAACAUCUAUGCAAAAGAUAAUGUGAAAUAAACAGUAAAAGAAAAAAGUAUGCGUCGAUAGCAAUCAUUUACAUGAUUGAUAGCAAUCGUGUUCAGUCACAUCUUUAACCAUGAAAGGGUUUUUUUCUUGAGUUUUGUUCUUGAUAUCGCGAUGUUGCCUUUAACUUUUGUUUCCUAAGUAAAUAUACACAAAGGUAUUUAUCUUUGUUGCAUCUGUUGUGUAAAUUUUUCUUCGUGGGCAUUCUGUUUUUCUUUUUGGGAGCACUGACUUUUAUAUUUUAUUUUCUUCAGAUAGCCUGAAUUGUAAACAUGAAUUUGGUGAAUUACUAAACAAAGAAAAGCAAUGGUAUAAAGCCAAGUUGGGGGAAAUAUGAAUAAGCCUCCAAAUUGAUUUUUAGAAAUAAAGUGGGACAGUGGUUAGGCUUAUGUGGUGGGUUAGUGAAGGGGAAUUUUUGGGUUGCUCUUGGUAUUGGCCUUGAUGAGAAUCCUUUACAACUGUGCAAAAGAUGAUGUGAAGGAGUUACUAGAAGAAACUUGAACUAUGCAUUUAUUAGCACUAAUAUAAAUGUAAGUCUUAAACAUUGAUGGAAGCGUCCAUACAUUUUUUUCUCUUGUGCUGCUGUUGCUAUCUAGAUGUUUUUCUAUAGCAAUUAAUAAAAAAACCUUUACAUUCUUGUUUUUUAAAUUUUA